AUGGUUUUGGAGAACGGAUACACUCUUGGAUUCUUGGGCAGCGGCAAAAUGGGUACUGCGGUGCUCGCUGCUGCGAUCGCUGGCGCAGAGGCUGCAAAGGCCCAGAACCUCCCGGACGCCAUAGUGCCUGGCCGAUUUGUCGUUAGUGUGCGCACUGCGAAGAGCCGCGUUCGUUUGCAGGAACGGUUCGGCGACAAGGUCACUGUUGUCACCGAUAACCAGAAGGUUAUUGACGAGUCGAAUGUGGUAGUGCUUGGCUUCAAGCCGUACAUGGCACAGGAUAUUUUGAACCGUUUGCACUACUCUCACUUUACUAUUCUCAUUAGUUUGCUGGCCGGCACCUCGAUUGAGAGCAUCCGCCAGUUCACCAGUGUCAACACCUUCAUUGUUCGGGCAACCACAAACACCGCAGCCCAGUGCGGCCAGGGUAUGACCGCUCUUUCUUACCAGGGCGAGUACCACCCUGACUCUCCCAUCACUUUGGCUGUCGAGUGGCUCUUUAACCAGACCGGCAAGUUUGUCAUGGUCGAGGAGAGCAAGCAGGAUGCAUGCGUCGCUCUGUGCGGCUCGGCCCCAGCAUUUACUUAUUUGUUCAUGGAGGCCCUGAUUGAUGGCGCUGUCAAAUCGGGUCUGCCUCUUGAAACCGCCCAGACCAUGGCUGCUCAAGUGGUCCUGGGUGCCGGUCACAUGGCCCAGGUUACUGGCCGUCAUCCUGCUUCGCUGCGGGGCGACGUUUGCACUCCCGGCGGCACCACCAUCAACGGUCUGGCCAUUCUCGAGGACCGUGCUGUUCGCGGUGCUGUCAUCGGCGCCCUCGACAAGGCUACCAACAUCUCCCAGGACAUUGGUCGCGCUGCAAACGAGAACACCGCCAGUCUCGAUCAGGCACGGGUGGCCAGCCAUAUCAACCUGGCCGAGAUGGCCCAGCAGAUCUCCAUCUCGCGUCGCAACACCCUCAAUGCUGCCCGCCAGCCCUCUUUAUAG